AAAAAUUUGCUUAUCCAGCGAAACGGACUAUUUAUUUAAAGCCCAUUACUUAUUCUGUUAUAUUAACGGACCCAUCAACUAUAAGCCCAACAAGAGCCCAAAUACUCUACUGUAAUCACUCUGCCCCUGAGAUCUAACUAAACCCUGAGAAAAAUUGUGAUAAGAACCAGUUCCCAGACGGACCAGAUGACUUUGAGUCUGCCGGAAUGAAGCUCGUACCACCAGAUGGAGUACCGAGAUAUGUAACGAUGUCGUGUGAACUUUGUUCCUGGUUUUGUCGUGAGCAUGAUGAAUUCAAAAACUUGAUGAUCAUCUCUGGAGACAACAUGGAUUUUCGUUCAACCCUCCAGAUGUUGAAACAGAGACGUCCCGUCAACAUUCUCUUAGCUCAUCCUGAGAACGCACCAAGACGGUGUCCCAAGUGCAGGAAGCCUUUGGAAGAUGUUGUCGCUGAAAGUGGUGAAUGGUUUUGGGAAAGUUUAGCAGCUGGAGGAGACUCUAUCGCUAAAACCAAAAGUGAAGAGCUUCUUGGUAACACGGAUUAUUCUUGAUUACGUACGCUCUAAGUUAUAUAAUUAAUCUCUUCUGGUUGUAGUUAAAUAUUAAUUAGUGUGUGUUAUAUGCCAUGCCACUAGGCCUGGGCAUUUCGGAUAUCGGUUCGGUUCGGUUCGGGUAUUUCGGGUAGUUCGGAUAGGAACUAGAGGAUCCAUUUAGUACUUGACCUAUUUUCGGUUCGAUUCGGUUCG